UACAAUUAGAUAUACGUGUGUAUGGCGUAUGAGACGUAGAUAGAUCACAUAAAGGAUCUAGAAAACAUUAAGUCCAUAUAGUGUGAGCUGUGAAUUUUACCUUGUUCGAGGAACAAACCUGGUCAAGAGCAGAAGAAUGUCUCAGGAAUCUGUAACAAAUGACAAGCAACUGCCAACUCCAAAAGAUGAAGGAGAUGAAGCAAUUAUAUCAAUGUCGGUGGCUGGGGAGGUAACCGACACCUCGAUUAUGGAAGUGGGCCGUUCAAGACCUCAAUUUCAGUAUUCCCGGGAGGAGUUAAUGGUAAUAAAGACCUUGCCGUUAUCGAAAAGGAGGUCUGAUUUUUUAGAUACCUCGUAUAACAAUUCACGCGGUGUAUGGGAUCCUGAACGUUGGCAUUCAGGCAAGAAGCGAAGCGAUACACCACCAAAGGAUGAAAGAACUGGACGUGGUGAUCAAGUUACGGAGAAUCACGCGAAACGUCGUAACGGAGACCCGCGAGAGCGAAUCCGUAAAGAACAAGAUGGCAUUGUUCUAAGCCCUCAGCGUAGAAGUUUUAAUUCGGGUUGUUUCGUUAACGUGAAUCAACCUUCGAACCGACGCCCUGAGAGCCCGAUAGGAAAGACGGAGGUCAGUCAUAGGGAACCCGUUCGACGAAUAGGAAGUGGUAGGAUAUUGACUCGCGACAUUUGGGACUUUAGACCUGAAAAUGAGAAACUCGAACCGGAACGUACAGAUUUCGCUUUUCGAUCAGGAGCGACUGGUGGUACAUCUAUACGUGAUCGUGAUAACAGAGAUACUCGUGACGGAAAGGAUCGAGAGGUUGUAAGAGAGAGGGAUCGAGAUAAUUUGCGUGAACGAGACGAGAGGAAUGAGCGAUACGAACGAAGAUCCUUCGGUCGCGACUACGGGGACAGGGAGAGGGAACGUGAUCGAGACAGAGGAGUCGAACGGAAUGACCGCAAUCAUCAACCAGAUCGUGAGAAAGACCGUGGGCGAGAACGAAGAUAUAGCAACGAUCGUAGGCGAACUUACAGUGAGAAUCGCAAUGACGCGGAUGAACCAGAGUGGUUCAGUUCUGGACCGACGUCUCAACAUGACACCAUCGAGUUAAGGGGUUUUGAGGAUAUUCCUGAGGAGAAGGCCAUAAGCAACAAUAUCAGCACGAAAAGCAAAAAGCAAACUUCGGUACAAAAGAAACGCGGGAAAAAGAAUUCAUUGGAGAAAGAUGAAAAGCAAACGGAAAGUUCAGCCGGUCCUAAAGGGCGUAGCACACCGACUACGAUGGAUCAACCCAUAAAUAUUGUAGCUGCACCCCAUUCACCUAUCUCAGAACAAAAUGAAUCGUCCUCGCUUACACAGAAGACAACUCACGACUCCAACGAAAGUACUGUAACCGAGGCGAGUUGUGUAACAACUGACAACUCGAGUACUGCGAAUCAGAACCAGCAAGACAGCCAUCCUGACUUCAAUCUCGAUGACUUUUUGAAGUCUGAUACAUUCCCUGGAGUUCCCGGCCUCUUAACUAAUGGAGUUGGUUCGAAUGGGGGAUCUUGUUCACGAUUCAGUCAGUGGUUCAAGAGGGAAAGUCCAGUUCAACAAGUCGAUAGUCGCAGAACUUCCAUUCAGGAUGAUAUACUGAACAAUCUUCUUAAUGAUAUUACCGAGCCAAAUAUUCAGAUCCCAUCAGUAACUGAAUCUAACACGUAUUUCGCUCCUAUUUCUCCUGCCAACACGACUACGAACACUACCACCUCCACCACGGGAGUGAAACUGUUGGAAAUGUUGCAACGCGGGAAUAAACCAAGUCAGAACGGCCAAGGAGAUGCAACCAGCAACGUUGUACCGUUAAUGAAGAACGCUUCUAUCAAAGAUAUGGAAGUUGGUGGAAAAGUUGUGCAUAGUCUGGAGGAAUUAGAAGCACGUAUGCGAGGUGGUGCUCCUCCACCCACAUCUGUAACUGAUCAGCCUCGUGUAAAUAAGACUGAAGAAGAUCUCUCUGCUUUUAAAAAAUUGCUUGCUCAAGUAACUGGAGGACAAGCUAUACCAGCAGCAAAUGGUCCUAUUUCCCAGAAGCAACCGGUAACAUUAAUGCAAUUGCUUAAUUCGCAAUUGAAAACCCAACCAAUUGCUUCUCAGCAGUCGGUUCCAGAGCCAAAUCACUCGACAUUCAAUCAUGUUGGUUCUUUUGGACCAACUCAACAUUCGCAUCAGGCACAAAUGCAGCAUGAGAACCUGAUGAAAGUGUUACAAAUUCAACAGCAACAGAAGCAGCAACAGCAGCAUUCCGAUAUGUUGUCAAUGAUGAUGGGUGGUCAACGGAUGUUGGGAGUAAGUCCUGUACCUCCAGACAUGCAGAUGAUGCUUAACAAUGUUCCAACAAGUCAAGAAUUGCUAAAGAGACCAGAAGCUCAAGCCAUUAUUCAGGGUCUUCAGCAAGGAGAAAUAACUAGGCAGCAUCUUAUACAACAAUUGCAGAAUCCAGCCAUGCAACACCGUCAUAGGGAAGUUUUAGUAAAUAUUUUAAAAAUGUAUGGUGGUACCACACCUCGUACAGUUAGUCCACAUCCUAGUGCACCUACUCCUCAAGACCAUAUCCUGCAACAGAUGUUGUAUCAGCAACAACAACAACAACACAGGAUUCCAUCCCCCAUGAAUAAUGUGAUACAGCACAGAGUUCCCUCGCCGCGGAAAAUUGCUAUGCAUGCUCAGACUGCAAUGCAAAAUGCUCUAAUUAAGAAAAAGUUGGAGGAGCAGCGUGAAAACUACCGUAAGCGACAAGAUCAACAGGAUCAACAGCAGCAACAACAGCAGCAGCAGCAGCAACAGCAACAAGCUCAACAAAGAGCGUCAGAAGCGAAGCAGACUAUGAGCCCAACGCCACUCGCUUUUACCCCGACAUCAGUGUUACGUAAAAUGACUGCCGAUAAGGAGCCUGAUGGUAAUAGUAAUGAUUCGUCGAAAUUGGCAGCUCAGUCUCAAGCAUCUCAAAUACAACAAAUGCAAUCUGCAGUUCAAUUACUGACACAAGGAGUUCUUUCUCGGCAUAAUACAUUACGACCACAAUCUGUGCAGUCCACAUGGUCGAAUCCAAGUAUUAAACAACAUCCAGGCCGACCAAUAGUGAAAGGUGGUGGUGGUAAUAGUGGUAAUCAAUUUCAAUAUAGUGGGAACUCAGAUUUCCAACAGCAACAACAGCAACAGCAUAGAACGGUCUCAAGCGUGUAUGGUAAUCCAGCACGCUCAAAGCAUACUAUGACUACUUCUAUACCCCAUCACGGUGUUUCGCAGUACAACGUGGCUCAUAAUUCAAUGAUAAGCCAGAGGUCAAGUACUAUGAACAACCAAAUGAAAGUUCAGCAACAGCAGCAACAACGGACACUUAAUUCGCAAAUGCAAAUGGUUUUGAAUCAAAACUACAAUUCCAGUCGUACAGAUGGGCGGGUGAUGCGAUCGCAACAAAUAAACAUGCCCGUAGGUCGUCAAACGUCACCAGGUUUAGGAUACGUAGGUGCGAAUGGUGGCGAUCUUUCACCAACCUCGAAUCAGUUAGCAAGAUGGUUUAGUCCAGAACUUCUUGCCCAGGCGCGGGCUGGUAAGCUUCCAGAGCUUGUCCAAACAAAUGUUUUGUCCUUGGAAGAAUUAGAAAGACUUCAACAUGCAUCGACUACAGUGCAUAAUUAGAUUGAUAUUGUACCUUCUCAUAUUUACAAUUGCAAGCAGGAAGGACUCCAUUGGCAGUUACUGUUCUAACGAAUUAAAUCUUUCAAAUUAGAUGGCUUUUCAUAUGAAACACACAGUAUGAAGAUUCAUUCUUAUUAGAAAACAAAAGAAGAACAAGGAAAAGUUUAU